UUCUGUGGUUAUACACCGUUGAUCUCAAUAUUGCAAUUGUCUCAGAAAGCUGGACUCAAUGUACUAAUGCUUUAUUGAUACUUUAACUAUAAUAAGGUUCAAAACCUUCUCCUAAAAGUUAAAGCAGCACCAUCAAUUAGUACUGGGCCCAAAGCAUCAAAUGAUCUCUCUUGAAUUGUGUAUAUAAAGACCCUUAAAACCUCCAUAUUGCUUUCCCACUUCCAUCUUCAUUAUAUCAGACACGCCCAACUAAAACCUCAAUAUGAAAUCUGAUAUUAUCAUUUACUUAUCAAUUUUAUUUAUCCAUGUCACGGCAUUCAGUGAUUCAGUGUAUGAUUUAUUAGUGGAAAAUGCUCAUUAUUGUACACUUGCCUAUUGCUCAUCCCAAUCAACUUUUGAGCCAGGGACUCCAUUAGAUCAAGCUUGUCCAUUAGUUGACUUCUAUGAUAGAAUUAGUGGAUUUUCAUACCUAAGUGUUGAUGAUGUUGAUAAAAAAGUCCACAGUGUUUUCAGAGGUGCUCAUACCGAGGGUGAUUAUUUAACAUUAUUAGGCUUUGCGCAAUGUCCUUAUGCAUCUGUUAUCAAACAUGGGUUUAAAUAUGAUGAUUUUGCUGAAUUCAAAAAUGAUUCAACUAGGUUAAAAAAUGCAAUUUUGGAAAAAAGUGGGAAUGACACUGUUUGUGAAGGUUGUUAUGUUCAUUGUGGGACAUAUCUCGAAUUCAUGAAGUUUAUUCAAGAAAUUUAUGAUUCCGCAACUCCAUAUUUAGAUCAACACUAUAAUUUGAUUGUUGAUGGUUAUUCACUUGGUGGUAUUUAUGCCUUAUUAACUGGUGUUGAAUUCAAAACCCAAGGUUACAACCCAUUAGUUUUAACUUAUGGAUCUUUAAAAGUUGGUAAUCCAAAAUUUAGCAAAUGGGUUGAUCAAAUAUUUGCAAAUGAACAAGCUCUUGAAAUUGUCCAAGCUGGUGGUGAUUUACCAUAUCCUUCAUACUCUAGAGUCUUCCAAACAGCAGAUUUUGCACCUUCUUUACCACCAUCUAUCCCAAUUUUGCUUGAAUAUCAACAUGCAGGAUUACAAUUUGAAAUAACAAAAAUUUUAUUGCCACAUCCAAAAAGUGUUGUCAAAUUUGGUGGACCUUCUUCAAGUUCUGCAGAUGAUGAAGCUAUAUUGAAUGAAGAAACCAUCAGAGAUGAUGAUAUUGAUGAUGAUUCGGGAUAUCCACACCUUCAUAUGUUUAUUGAGUUCUCCAAUACCUGUUCUGAUGAAUAG